AUGGCUACUUGGGACACCCUUUUAACAGGUUCUAACUCCAGUACUAAACAGUUUGUUUCAUUCUACCUCACUGGGAUUCCUGGUUAUGAGAAUGUUAAUCACUUUAUUUCCAUCCCUUUUUGUGUGUGCUACCUGAUUGGAAUAGUGGGCAACUGUACAAUCCUUCACAUCAUCCACACAGAUAAGAGUCUCCACGAGCCCAUGUACUAUUUCCUGGCCAUGCUGUCCCUCACUGACAUGGGCAUGUCAUUCUCCACCUUGCCCACAGUAUUAAAAAUCUUAUGGUUUGAUGCUAGGGAGAUUGAGGUGAAUGCUUGUGUGGCACAGAUGUAUUUUAUUCAUACAUUUUCUCUGAUGGAGUCAGCUGUGCUUCUAGCCAUGGCUUUUGACCGAUAUGUUGCCAUUUGUGAUCCUUUGAGGUAUUGCAGCAAACUCACUCCACAACGUAUUAUCUAUAUAGGGAUCUUCAUUAUAAUCAGAUGCUCCAUUGUCCUCCCUGUUAUUCUUGUUCGUAUUCCCACAUUUCCCUUCUGUCACUCCCAUGUUCUCUCCCACUCUUUCUGCUUACAUCAAGAAGUCAUCCAGUUGGCCUGUGCUGACAUCUCUUUCAACAUUUUAUAUGGCUUGUUUGUUGUUGCAUUUUAUUGGGGUGUAGAUUCUCUAGGGAUCUUGUUAUCUUAUGCUUUCAUCCUCCAUUCUGUGCUAGGCAUUGCAUCCCAGAGAGGGAAGCUCAAAGCCCUCAAUACGUGUGCUUCCCACAUUUGUGCUGUGCUCAUUCUGUAUGUGCCCAUGAUAGGGCUAUCCUUAGUGCAUCGCUUUGCAAAACACUCCUCCCCCAUUGUCCACAUAACCAUGGCCAAUAUUUACCUGUUAGUUCCACCAGUACUUAACCCAGUCAUUUAUAGCGUCAAGACGAAUCAGAUUCGCCAAGGCUUCCUAAGGAUAUUAGCACCCAAAAGGACUAGGAUUUCCAAUACUAUGGAAGAAUUCAGUGGCACAGUGAAGAAAAUAUCAUACCAGGCAAUCAGAUCUGAUUGA